AGGUGGCUUUCUCUCAAGCCACAAAUUUGGCUCGGCCCGUAUUAGACUCACUAGUGGCCCAACAUGUUUCUCCGUUCGCGUAUUCUUCGUGCCGGUGGUGGCGGCAUCGCCGACAAGAUGUUCCCUGGCUACAAGGACAAGAUUUGGGCUAGAUUGCCGCAGGGAGUCAAAGAAUACCAGGUGAAGAGCAGCAAUGACGCAUUUGAAAAGCAAAUCAGUCAACACAAGACGUGGCAAGGCUACCUUCUGGCCUGGAAGGACAUGGAGGCCAGUUUCGUCCCAUCGCAGAAGUUCCGCAAGCCUGCGGUGGACUGGCGUAGGCAGAUGGAGCGUGGUACCAUGCACUACGGCCGAUGGUAUGAGGGACCCAACAACAGCGACUAUCGCCCGGGCAACACUCAUGACCGUCUCACUGCUGAUCCGCGUGCCCCAUUCACUGCUGCGGAGUGGGCUGAGCGACAGGAGUACAGGUCAUGGGACUUGGUGAAGUUCGGCUAUGCGAUGCUUGGGCUGUUCUUGGCGUACCGCUUGACGAAUGAAUGGCCGGUUGUGUGGUGCGAGGAGAAGGAGAAGAUGUUGAAAGAGUGAAGGCCGUCGGGUUCGGCUGCUUCCCAUUGAUUUUUGUAGAAAUGAGCGGCCGUGGUGAGAAGUAGCAAAGAAGCAAGAGAGCAACAUUUGGAAUGUGGAUCUCUGCCAAGAAUCAGUCUAUGUAUUGAGUUUCUC